GUAAUUAAAUUAUUAAUUAUUAAUUAUUAUUAUUUUUGGGGCAGGGUGAAAGUAAAAUUUAUUUCACAUUUUGGAAUAAACAAAGAAACAUGAAAGUCCCAUGCAGCUAGCAAAGCAAGCUGUAAUUUGGCUUUCAUCUUCCACUUUAAUUUGGCUUCUCGGUGGACCACAUCUUCUACGUGUCUCAUCAGGUCUCUUUUUAGCUUCUUACAAAACAAAUUCCCCUUCCAAUUUACCGCAAACACACUUCUGCUAACAAUAUCUUCUCUGCAAGAAGAAGAAGAAGAAGAUGGCAGAAUUUUUGUUAUCGAAAUUUGCAGAGUCCGCUGUAUCCCAAACAGUCCAAAGAAUCACUGACCUUCUCAUCUAUGAAGCCGCUUCCUUGAGCAGUGUGAGAGAGGAUGUGGAGGUCUUGCAAAACGACUUGAAGUCCCUUCAGGGCCUCAUAAAAGCAGCAGACUCCAAGCAAGAACAUGACCAACACCUCGAAGAGUUGGUACGCCAAGUCAAACAUGUGGCUUCUGAAGCUGAGGAUGUUAUCGAUACCUACAUCCUCAAAGUUGACUCCUCUUGCAUCAAAGCUUUUCAUAAUAAAAGAAUUCGACCCCAGAUCAACUCUGUCCGCGCUAGAAUACAAAACAUAAUAAACACAAGCAUGCCAAUUUAUGGAUUCGUAUCUGCUGUUGGAGAGGGGACGAGUUCCAUUGUGGAUCUGCAGCGGCAUUUGAGAAGAUCAUCUCCAAAUGAUGAUGAUGGCGAUAAUGAUGUUGUAAGCUUGAAGAGUAGCACCAGCGCCUUAACAGAAGAGUUGACUAAGGAGGAAGACCGGCUGUGCGUUGUCUCUGUAGUGGGUAUGGGUGGUUUAGGUAAGACCACUCUUGCCAAGAAAGUAUUUAAAUGUGUUAAACAAAAGUUUGAUUGCUCUGCUUGGGUUUUUAUAUCUCAACAAUAUGUGCUAAGGGAUGUUUUGAUUGACAUCUUCAUCCAAAUUGGUUCUCCAAAUGAAAACAUGAAAUUUGAAAGAAUUAAUUCUGCCAGAGAUAUUUCAGAACGAAAGAAAAAAGAGAGGGAGUUUUUGAAUGCUUUGCCAGAUCAUGAGCUAAUUGAUUCGCUCAACGAUAAGCUGAAAGAGAAGCGAUUUCUUGUGGUUCUUGAUGAUAUUUGGAAGAUUGAGGCUUGGGAUUUUUUAAAGCGUGCUUUUCCGAAAGGAAAGAAGGGAAGCAAAAUUCUGUUUACCACACGCAAUAGGGACGUAGCCUCAGCUGCUGAUCCACGGAGCUGCCAAGUUGAACCACCUUUGUUGACAUUUGAAGAGAGUUGGGAGCUUCUUAAACGGAAAGCAUUUCCAAGAGAUAUUGUGGAUGCCCAUGGUUGUCCACCAGAGUAUGAGAACUUAGGAAAGGAGAUGGCUAAAAAAUGUGCAGGACUUCCUCUUGCUGUUGUUGUGCUUGGAGGCUUGUUGAGUAGAAAAGCUACGUUGGAAGAAUGGAAGAAGGUGAUGAGAGACGUGAAUUCAAACUUGAACAAAAUGCAAUCAAGACAACAAUAUGAAGGGGUGAAUCAUGUUGUGGUUCUCUGACCACUUUAGAGAAGA